UGGACAACGGGCACAAGGAUCGAUAUGCAGACGAUAAAAAGACGUCAUACUUUUGUACAGACUGGACACAAGGUUCUUGCCUUGCGGGACAACUCCCCAGCGGGACUUGGACACCAAGUCCAACUGCACAAGCCAAUGCACCCAAACCACUGCGAUCGGCUGCAAAAUGAUAUGGGUGUUCUUUCAGUGCGCCAUUCGCGUUUGUCUUGAAUGGAUGUGCUCUUACGACAGCUCACUGGGCUUCAUCCAUCACUAUGACAGAAAGAUAUAUUGAGUAUAUUGACAUCCAUGCUUCUUACUUUCUCCACAUAGCCGACAUCAUCUCGACAGUCGAGUUUGACCACACGGGCGACUAUCUAGCGACAGGUGACAAGGGCGGCCGAGUUGUACUUUUUGAGCGAAACGAAGGAAAAAAAGGAUGCGAAUACAAGUUCCACACCGAAUUUCAGUCACACGAGCCCGAGUUCGACUAUCUCAAAAGUUUAGAGAUUGAGGAAAAAAUCAACAAGAUCAAGUGGUGCAAGCGUCAAAACUCGGCCCACUUUUUGCUGUCUACCAACGACAAAACCGUCAAGCUGUGGAAAGUAUUUGAAAAGUCUAUCAAGGUCGUGGCAGAGAAUAACCAUGGAGAUGGUCAGCAUGUACCCGUCGCUGGAACCCCUCUCAGGCUGCCCAGGCUUACACACCACGACACUAUUGUCGCAGCAGUACCUCGGAAGGUCUACGCGAACGCCCAUGCUUACCAUAUUAACUCGAUCUCGAUCAAUUCCGAUGGAGAGACCUACAUUUCUGCGGACGAUUUGCGCAUCAACUUGUGGAACCUCAACAUUAGCGACCAAAGUUUCAACAUUGUGGACAUUAAGCCUGUGAAUAUGGAAGAAUUGACUGAGGUUAUUACCGCCGCCGAAUUCCACCCUGUACACUGCAAUCUAUUCAUGUACAGUAGCAGUAAAGGCACAAUUAAGUUGAGCGACAUGAGAGAAUCAGCACUUUGCGACCAGCACGCCAAAUUGUUUGAGGAGGAGGAGGACCCUAGUAACAAGUCGUUUUUCUCAGAGAUCAUCUCGUCCAUCUCCGAUGUGAAGUUUAGCAAGGAUGGGCGGUAUAUUCUUUCGCGCGACUACCUCACCCUGAAGGUCUGGGACAUUAACAUGGAGAGCCGACCGGUGCAGACUAUCAACAUUCACGAUCAUCUUCGCAAUAAGCUGUGCGAUCUCUACGAGAACGACUGCAUCUUUGACAAGUUCGAGUGUACAUUCAGUGGGGACGGAAACAAUGUCUUGACGGGAUCAUACAACAACAAUUUUUAUAUCUAUGACCGUAACGGCAAGAGCGACGUGACGCUGCAGGCGGAUAAGAGCGCGUUCAAGGCUAAGCGCGUUGGUUCCGCCAAGAACAAGAUGAUGCCAAGAACCAAGAAUGGCAAGAAGGACGAUAUCAAUGUUGAGGCGAUCGACUUUACCAAGAAGAUCUUGCACGCCUCCUGGCACCCAAACGAGAACUCCAUCGCUAUCGCUGCCACCAACAAUCUGUUUAUCUUUACGUAUGCUGUAACGUGGAGCAGAAUCUCAGGAUUUGUACAGAAAUCAACCCCGCAAAAAAAAAAAGAAAAAGAAAAAAAAAGGACUAUAAAGAAAUUGUUCCACGAAGGACUUACUAUUAUUGUGGUAGACUAGACGGCGACUACUUGUCCUUGUUGGGUGGCAUGAGUUAAGAUUUGGCCGAGAGAAUCAUGCACUGAACUGCCAUGGUACUUCGGUGGAAUGUCAUCACGCAAUUUGUGGACACGACCGACAAAUUUGUGGUUGGGGUUGUUUAUUGAGCAUUUCUGAAAAAGACGAUCAGAUUAGAUUAGAUUAGAUUGAAUCUAAUGGCCGCACUGUCCUCCGCAUCGCGCGCCCAAAACGAUCAAUCACUUGUAAAACACGUCCAAGGCGUCUGUUCGGCGACCUAUUGAUUCAACACCUUUUUGCAAGGCGAAAUGGCGUGCUUGAGUUUCUUGGUCUCCUCCGUCUUGUCGCUGUAUGAAACUAAGAUUGCAUCAAAGCCUUUUGUUUGAUCAUGAGGGUUCAAAGAUUCCUCGCCAGAUCACUCGGCUACUGCUCUAUGUCGCGCCAGUGGCAGGACACUAGAACCUA